CGGCGUUAUGUGUACACACACUGUGCUGUUAUGUGACCGCUGUAACUGCUGAGGACAGUUGUUUCAGGCACAUGCACACAAUGCACAGGAUUUCCCAACAGCCCUACCCACAAACCUGUAGGUUGUGCAAACAUGCUGCGAUUAGUCACGACAUCACUGUGUCUGUACUGCCAACGGGCUCAAGUAACACCUUUACUUCUCCAGAGGACGUGCUCCUCAGUUACUCAAGAAGAAAACCCUUUGGCCAUAGAUGCCUUGUACAACUUGUCCGUAGACAUCAGUAAAGUCCGCAAGCUGAAAGGUUGGGUUUUGCGACAGAAGCCGGUUUAUGUAAAUGAAACCGUCGCACUACUUAGGGACAUUGGAGCAAAUGAGACUGUAAUCGCCCGUGUUUUGGAGCUCCAUCCUGAAGCCAUCCUCUGCAAACCCGAGCAAAUGGAGUUGCAGAAGCAGCUCUGGAUGUCAGUGUGCGCCAACAAGAAAGAUCUAGUUGGAAUCGUUGAAAAAUUCCCAGCCUCGUUUUUCACUUCAUCCUCAAAUCACGACAACCAGAAAGCCAACAUUGAGUAUUUCCAGACGUUGCAUCUCAACAAGCGCAUCAUUAGCAAACUCAUGGCUAGCGCUCUUCAGAGCUUCAGCAGACCCGUGAAGCAGAACCAGGAGAUGAUCCAGACUCUUCAGAAGACCUUUUUGGACUUGGGUGGAAACGAGGACAAUAUGAAAGUCUGGUUGCAGAAGCUUCUCACUCAAAAUCCCUAUGUGCUUCUAAAGCCCUCAGAUGCCUUGCAUGAUAACUUGACGUUCCUGCAUAACAGAGGCUUCACCAGCAGUGAACUUCUCCAUCUGCUUUCCAAACUGAGGGGCUUUGUUACUGAGCUAAACCCUGAAAGCAUGAGGCUUACGCUCGGCUACUCUCAGGAGAUGUUCAGAUGCACUGAAGAUGAGCUCAGGCGGAUUGUUCUUCAGUGUCCAGCCUUGUUAUACUACUCCGUGCCUAUAUUAGCUGAUCGCUUCAAAGGACUUCUAUGCGCUGGAGUGAGUGUGGAGCAGAUCAUGGAGACUCCUACAGUGCUGGAGCUGACAACGCAGAUAGUUCAGUUUCGCAUUCUGAAACUGCGCUCUUAUGGCUAUGAUGUACAUUCAGGGAGCCUGGAUGUCCUCAAUGGCACCAAGAAGGACUUUGAGAUGAGCUACGGGAAGCUGCGUCUUAGACGAGAAAGGCCAAUUUUUAAUCCAGUAGCUCCCCUUCGAACUGAAGAGUAAGCAUGGAAAUCUGUGCUUUAAGUAAUUCAGACAGUACUUCUUGCUGUUUCAAGUUUAUGUCUCACAGUUUUCCCAGGGUAGAUUUUAACCAUGUUAGCCAUUUAGCAAAGAAACUAGAAUCACCAGGCUGACAGAAGUCCCACCCAUCACUCGAAUUUGCAUCCAUUGUGAAGUGAAUUUGACUGAAUGAAGCAAGUAAAUGAAGCAAGGAAACUCAAAAUGUUCUCACGUCUAUUUGCAUGCAAAUAGUGCAAUUUCUUCACGCAAGUCGCGUCUGGUGUAAACACCCCAUGAGAGUAAAUUUGUCAAAAUAAUCCAUUCAUCCUGUCCAGCAGAGGGCAAUGUAAUUUUGUCAUGAAAUACUGUAAAAAAUGCUGGGUUCCACACAGUUGCUUCAUGUUGUUGAUUAAGUUAACCAUUUUUAAAAUUUCAAGUGGAUUGAACGUAGAACAAUUACAAUUUUAAGUUAUUUUUUGAGUGCACUACGCACCUGCACACAUAUGGUCCAGUUGUCCACCAUUUUAAUUUUGGUUAUUAAGUACUAAACGCAAGGUGCACAUGAUUUCAUGUUUACACUAUUUUGUGUUUUUUUUUUUGUUUACGUGAAACUAUAACAGUAUUUAAAAAAAAAAAAACUUUUUUGAAGUUAAAAGAUUAUUUGUAUAAAAUGUGCCCUUAAAAAUUGCAGCUUUUACUUUCCGUUAGUUUGAUAUCUUAUAAUAAUAAGAUAAAAUCUCACAAUACAAUUUUUCAGCCUGAUCUGACUGUGAACAUAACUAUUUUACAUUUUGUCAGAUUAGUGGCUAAUUCGUACAAACUCAUACAAGUUAGAUUCGUACGAUUUUUAAAAGGAGGCGUGGCACCAACCCCACCCCUAAACCCAACCGUUAUUAGGGACGAGCAAAUCAUACUAAAUUGAAUGAAUGAGGUUGUACGAAUUCCUACAAAUUAACCACUAAAUCAAAAAGUUAAGAAUUGCCGUGAGACUGUGUUGAAUUUUUUAUAUCAUUAUUUCAAGUUUUUUAUCUAGAAAUUGAUCAUUAUAAGAUAUAAACCGAAAAACAAGCCUUGUUAACGCACAAUUAUUAAACCCAAUUCUAGCUAAAAUAUCACAACUUUUCCCCCUCAGAAUUCAGUGAAAUUCAUUCAUUUUCUUUUUUUGGCUUAGUCCCUUUAUUGAUUAGGGGUCGCCACUGCGGAAUGAACCGGCAACUUAUCCAGGAUGUCUUUCAAGCCACAACCCAGCACCGGAACACACAUACACAAUUGCAUUCACAAUUGCAAUUGAGCUUAUUCAGUUCACCUAUAAGCGCAUGUGUUUGGACUGUGGGGGCAACCGGAGACCCCGGAGGAAACCCACGCGAACACAAGGAGAACAUGCAAACUCCACACAGAAAUGCCAACUGGCAACAGCGCUAUCCACUGAGCACCAUUUUAACACUAUAUUCAGACUCCAAAUUUAGAUCUUGGCAUUCUCUCACAGAAUCUCAGUUAAGAACAAAACAAAUAAGGUUUGUGAUAUGUAACAGAGUUGUAAGAAUUGUUCAUGACACUCAAUUUUGUAUAGAGUUCAUAUCUCACAACUGAGAGAAAAAAGUCAGGAUUGCAAGAAAUUCGAUCUGUAAUAUGAAAUCUAUUGUGAGAAAGUUCAAAUAAGGCCAAAGACGGCUAGAUUCCACAAUUUUGCACAAAUAAAAUCUCACAAUGACUUUAAAAAUAAACAUAUCUUGCAGUUAAGCACAAAAAGUGAUUUUGAUUAAAAAAGUGUGUUCAGUCGAUAACUGAUUUUAUUUACAUUUUAUUCUACUGUUAAAUUGGACUUUUUUUUAAAGCAGGAUUGCGAGAUGUAAAUUAUUUAAAAUAAAGUCAGAAGUGUGAGAGGCUUCCAAUAGUAACUUGAAUAUUAACAGCAUUUUUCUUUGUUGAAUAUAUUUAUUAAUCUGCUGAAAACAAUAAAUGAUUGCAUGUUUUGUUAAUGUUGUAGAAGGUCAUUCUUGCGAAAUACAACUCAUUGUGUUGAAAAUAUGAUAUUAAAAAAAUUAUUUCUUU